CUGUGAACUGGAACACAUUCUGUCGUCGCCAGCCCCGAGAAGACAUGCAGGAGAAGUCUGUGCAAAUGGGGCCAAUGGGAGAAGGUGGGACGUGCUCGUGUAAACAGCCAGGCUCAGUGUUCAUACAACUCAGCCCAAGGAUUGGUCUUCGUGCCCUGGAUUUAAACACUCAAACCGCACUAAAAGACCAACAGAUGUCUAAAUCACCGCCUCCGGUGGCCCCUCGGAACCACUCAGGGGUCCGAGUGAUGAUGAUCCCCGGAGAUCAGCCUCCUGCUGUCCUGCCCGUCUACAGUGAUUUUGGCAAAGUGAAUGGUGCCAGUGGGGAGUCCAAUUAUACAUCUCUAUUGAAUGCAGAGAGGGAAUUGGAGAUUAUGAACCACUGCUUUGACGAUGUGGAGCGGUUCAUGACUCGCCUGCAGCAGACCGCUGAGGCCCAGAGUGUUCUCAACCAGAGGGGGAAGACGAACAGGAGCAGAAAGAGCAAGAAGAAGAAGGACGGCCAAGAUGAUGAUUUGUUGACCCUGAAAGCUUUGCCUCCAUCAGAGGAAGAGUUUGUGGACAUCUUUCAGAAAAUCAAGUACUCCCUCUGUCUGCUGGACCGUCUCAAGUCAUCCAUCACACAGCCUAAUGCUCCAGAGCUGCUCCAUCCCAUCUUUUUGCCUCUCGGACUGAUGGUAAAAACCACUGGAGGGCCGGCGUUAGGAGCAUCUGUGAUCAGUCCUGCUAUGACCAGCGGGGCUGUUUCACUGAUCCAGGAUCAUCUGACUGAAGAGGAAAAGGAGAUGUGGACUUCAUUAGGACCCAACUGGACUUCCCCCUGUUCACACCUCAGCGUGUCCGUUCCUCCGUACUCACCUGUGUUCCUGGAUGGGUGGCAGCCUCAGGCCUAUGACUCGACCGGCCAGUUAUUCAAGGAUCCCAUCGAGUCGCAGCACAAGCAAGAUGCUUUCAGUGAAAGUAGGGGAGGGCACAGUCUGCAGGAGAGAGCUCGGCAGACAGCGGAGGGCCCGGGCGAAUACAGUUAUGACGGAGAAGAAAAUGGGCUCCCGCCAGAGGGGGAGAGGCAUUUCUGCUGCAGCUAUGACUUCGUGGCUAGAAACAGCAGUGAGCUCUCUGUGCUGCAAGGAGAAACACUAGAGGUCAUCGAGUCAUCGAAGAGGUGGUGGAAGUGUCGGAAUCGCUUUGACCAGAUCGGAUUUGUCCCCUUUAACAUCCUGGAGCCCCUGUCUGCUCUGAACCACAAAGGCAGAGCCAGCCCAGUGUUACGCUCAGAGUCAAAGAAGACAGCCCUUACCCCUCGGACAAAGUACUUCUCAUAUGCUGCACCGAGCCCAUCUGGGACAAGUCCCACCCCUACAAGCCCAAUGAGACCCCAUAGCAUGGUUUUACCCUCUACAACAAUGCAGGGAGAAGACCAUGACCGAGUGAUGCUAAUGAAUGACGAGCUCAUGCAGAGGUUAGCUGAGAAGCGAGGCCCUAUCCGUUCGCUGACGCUCCCCCGCUCAGCGGACUCCUCCACCCCCCUGAACUACCACUCACCUGCCGCAGAGGUGGAGGCCUGGCUCAUCGCCAAGGGCUUCAGUCAGCAGACAGUUCAGAUUCUGGGCAUUUUAAACGGAGCGCAGCUUUUCUCCCUGAAUAAGGAGGAGCUGUGCACCGUGUCAUCAGAGGAGGGAGUGAGAGUCUACAGCCAGAUCAUGGUGCAGAAGUCCCUACUCGAGGAUGUGCGCAAAUCCACAGAACUAGAGACAGCGAUGGAGAAGCAGAAGAUGAGGAUUAACCUGUAAUGAGAGAGUGGUUUAAGGGGACAGAUGUGGUAUCAAACGGACAGAUGUGGUAUCAAACAUCGAUGGAGAACUGUAAGAUUGCACAGCUGGAUGCACAGUGGUGUUUUAUAUACAUGCUGUCUAUCAUGAGCUACAGAUUCAACAAAAGCAAGCUGUGUUAUUAUCUUACAUCUAAUAACAUGAUUCAAAAUGGGACUAAUUUAGAUGUUCUUCUUACCAUAGUUAUAUAAAAAGGUUAUGUGAAAAAAAAAGGUUUAUGACUUUAAAAAAAGUGAGAUGUUUGAUUGAUUCAGUUUUUAUUCCCUGCACAUCCAUAUGUGUUUACAAUUUAGCUAUCUGCAGAAAGAUUAAACAUUCAAUACAUUAUUUAAUGACUAUUUCUAAUAUAUUUUAAGGAGACUCAAAUGUUUUUAAAUAUUUGUUUUUCAUUGUGACUUCAGAUUCAGAGCAUAUCAUGAUCAUAAGGUAGCACACAGUAACAUAAGGGACACAUUACUGUCAUCAUAGUGGCUUGAAAUUAAACUUUAAUUAUGUGUAUUUUUGUAUUUUAUCUAGGAAUGUAUUGAAACCUUUCUUUACAUAUUGUGUUAAAUAACAAAACAAUCUUCUUUUGAGGAGUUUAGAUAAUAUUUCACAGCAAUGUAACAGACAGAAGUGGUUGUUUUCAGCUGGAAGAAGAAUUAAAGAAGUGGCGCUGAAGAUGUCGACAUGUAUAACCUCUGAGUCAUUUAUUGUUUAAUAAAAGCAGGUGGAGGUAAAUCAUCAUGUUGCUUCAGUACAGAUAAACACUGACAGAACCAGCAUAUUUGACAUUCACCUGAGGUCAAAUGUAAACAGAGAUGAUUUGAUUUUAUCUUUUUCCUUGAGGUAGGAGGAUUACGUCACAAUUUCCGAUACACAAAUGUCCUCGAUCAACAUUAAGUAUUUGAGGACAUAAUUCAAGUAAUCACUUAGCUAAAACGUUUUUGGUGAGAUAAUACUCACCAAACAACACUACUAAAUAUUUAAUAAACAACAAAAAAAGUACAUUACAUUUAACUUAUUAUA